AUGCGAGAUUUCGAAAUCUCUGACCAUGAAAAUUGGCGUUAUCUGGGUUCAAUAUAUGGAGUUUGGGUGUUGGGAGCUAAAGACAAAGGAGUUAACUUUGAUCGCGACCUUCGAUCAAAAUGCAGCGCUAUAUCUAAGCCUCGCACUCAUGAAUUCGCAGACGUGUUCCAAAGUGGUCUGCCAGUGAUAAAGUGGCACGGGAUUGUGGAGGAUGACAUAGAAGAGGAAGCUACUAAUGUGCGAAAAAAGUCGUCAAAACCCAAUGAGAUUGAGGAACGUGUCGAGUCAAUCAAAUCGAUGUUGGGGUCAAUGAAUGAUGGAGAGAUAAGCAUUUCUGCCUAUGACACGGCAUGGGUUGCUCUUGUUGAAGAUGUUCACUAUGGAAGUGGCUUCCCUCAAUUCCCAUCGAGCCUCCGUUGGAUAGCCAACAAUCAGCUCCCCGACGGCUCUUGGGGCGACCGCGAAAUUUUCUCCGCUCACGACCGCCUCCUCAAUACCUUGGCCUGCGUUAUCGCCUUGAAAUCAUGGAAUAUUCAUCCUGACAAGUGCGAAAAAGGAAUGGCUUUUUUCAAGGAGAACUUAAGCAAGCUUGAGAAUGAAAACCCCGAGCACAUGCCCAUAGGUUUCGAAGUUGCUUUCCCUUCUCUGCUUGAAAAGGCUCGAACUAUAAACCUUGAAGUACCUGACGAUUCUCCUGUCCUUCAAGAGAUUUACGCCAGGAGAGAUCUCAAGCUCACGAGGAUACCGAGGGACAUAAUGCACACAGUGCCCACGACACUACUUCAUAGCUUGGAAGGAAUGCCAGGUUUAAACUGGGAAAAGCUUCUAAAAUUGCAGUCCCGAGAUGGGUCAUUUUUGUUCUCUCCAUCCUCCACUGCCUUCGCACUCAUGGAGACAAAAGACGAGAACUGCUUGAAAUAUUUAACAAAAACGGUCCAAAGGUUCAAUGGGGGAGUCCCGAAUGUCUACCCCGUUGACUUGUUCGAACAAAUUUGGGUUGCGGAUCGGUUGCAGCGCUUAGGAAUAUCUAGAUUCUUUGAGGCAGAGAUUAAGGAGUGUAUUGAUUAUGUGUACAGACAUUGGACAGAAAAGGGAAUUUGCUGGGCAAGAAAUUCAGAGGUUCAAGACAUUGAUGAUACGGCCAUGGGAUUUAGGCUACUAAGACUGCAUGGUUACAAGGUUUCUGCUGAUGUGUUUCGGAACUUUAAGAAAGGUGACGAAUUCUUCUGCAUUUCGGGGCAGUCAACGCAAGCUGUUACUGGAAUGUAUAACCUGCACAGAGCUUCCCAGUUGUUAUUCCCGGGAGAGAAGAUUCUUGAGGAUGCCAAGGAGAUCUCUUCCAGAUUCCUCAGAGAAAAACGGGCCUCUCAUCAGUUGCUCGAUAAAUGGAUCAUCACCAAGGACUUGCCCGGCGAGGUGAGUUACUCGCUGGAUGUUCCAUGGCAUGCGAGCCUACCUCGAGUGGAGACCAGAUUCUAUAUUGAACAGUAUGGUGGCCGAAAUGAUGUUUGGAUUGGCAAGACUCUAUACAGGAUGUCCUACGUCAACAACAAUGAAUAUCUCGAGCUGGCAAAGCUAGACUAUAACAUUUGCCAAGCAGUGCAUUCGAUUGAGUGGCACAACAUGCAAAAGUGGUACACAGAUUGUAGACUCGGAGAAUAUGGGUUAAGCAGAAGAAGCCUUCUCGUGGCUUAUUUUCUUGCGACGGCCAAUAUUUUCGAACCAGAGAGAGCCGAUGAGAGGCUUGCAUGGGCUAAAACCGCGGCACUGAUGCAGACCAUCACAUCAUAUUUUCACGAGGAGAAAACUUCUUAUGAGCUUCGGAGUGCCUUUGUCUAUGCAUUCAAAAGAAAUUCUAAUGUGAAUGUCCCUGAUUAUUUGAUUACUGCGAGGCGAUCGAAUAUAACCAAAACAGGUCAUGGAUUACUUAGGAGCUUGCUUGCCACCCUGAGCCACCUCUCUUUGGACACAAUGAUAGUGCAUGGUCGGGACAUUAGCCACCAUCUACGUCAAGCUUGGGAAAAGUGGCUGCUGAAGUGGCAAGAGAGAGGAGAUGGACUCCACCAUGGAGAAGCAGAAUUAUUAAUCCAAACAAUAAAUCUUAUCGCAGCCCGUACUCCUCUUGAUGGCAUACUGUCAAAUCCUCAGUACACGAGACUCUUUAACAUCACCAACAGAGUUUGCAGCAGAAUUCGUCACCACCAAAAACAGAAGCACAAGGUACACCAAAAUGGAAGCUGCAACAAAAAAAGCACAACCAACCCAGAAAUAGAAUCAGACAUGCAAGAGCUUGUACAAUUGGUGCUCCAAAAUUCCUCAGAUGAGAUCGACACAAAUAUCAAGCAGAUAUUUCUCAUGGUGGCCAAGACUUUCUAUUAUGCUGCCUACUGUGAUUCUGGGACCAUCAAUUUCCACAUUGGCAAAGUACUCUUUGAGACAGUGGUCUAAUGUUUUGUUUCACUCCAUCCACUAUUAUUAUUGAAUAAAAAAGAAAAAUAUAUAUA